AUGGACAAGCUCAAAGUCCAUGGAUCUAUUGUACGAGCUAUCAAUCGCAAUAUGAGCUGUGCCUUUAUUCAUUUUCCAUUCACAUGGAACCCUACGAGCAAGGCUAUCCCUUCUAUCGUCUACAAUUGCCGAACUUCUGCUUGCUGGGAGGGAGAUAUGGCCCUCUCUGUGACCUUCUUUCCUGGAAGUCUCACAACUAAUGCGGUUUGGUACGGAUGUGAUCUGUCCAAGCGUAAGUUCUACGGAGAUCUGAUUACCGAUUCUGAGCUCAUCUACGGUCAACUAGAAAACUUCGACGGAGGCGUCUUCUACCCAAUGGUUCUCCCGGUAGUAUUUGCUGGCUUCGAGAGGGAGAGGCACAUUGGUACGGUGAGGGGGUGUCUGAUGCAGUUUGUCCAGCGAAUUCACGAUCUCGCCCACCAGGACCUCCGAUCAAUGAACAGGAAUGAAAGUUCCAUGAGCUCUGAAAGCAAUAAACUCGAAGGUUGUGCCGUUGAUGAAGGGAGGGUGUUUAGCAUCGUACUUUCGACUGGUAUCGAGUUUCGUUCACUCAGAGGCUGCCAAGCCUCUUUCACAACUCAAGACAAAUUCACAUCAACCGCAUGA